UAAUAAAUGUAAGUUGGGUUGCCUAACUUGAAACAGAGUAUUAGCCCCCCACCAAUGUAAUCGGCUUGCGAAGCAACGCAGCCAAAUUGACAGUUCUUUCUCGUUUUGACAACGUCAGUGCACGUACCGAAAAUGGCACCCACAAAAGUGGUCGGUGGCAAGCCCCAGCCCAAGAAACAGCAGAUCCGCGGCAAAGGUCUGAAGAAGAAGAAGGUCGCCCUCAAGUUCGUCAUUGACUGCACGCAUCCCGUCGAGGACUCGAUCUUGGAUGUUGCUAACUUUGAAUCCUACUUGAAGCAAAGGAUAAAGAUCAAUGGAAAGACUGGAAACUUUACUGGUGGAAAAGGUAGCCAACAUGCUGUAACUUUGAGCCGUGACAAGGGAACCAAGUUGGUGCUUAACAGUGAAAUUCCCUUCUCUAAAAGGUACCUUAAAUACCUUACAAAGAAAUACUUGAAGAAGAACAACCUGAGAGAUUGGUUGAGAGUGGUUGCCUCUGGAAAGGACAGCUACGAACUCAGAUACUUCCAGAUCAACAAUCAAGAUGAUGAUGAUGAGGAAGACAAUGAAUAAGCUGUAAUUUUAUAAUAAUAAAACAAGUUAAAUAAAAA